AUGACGAAAUGCCUUCCCCUCACUGAUCCGGACAACCUAUGGUCCUUCUGCCCUUCGACCCCAGCAGCUGUUCUCUUCACUGCCUUGUUUGGAAUUACCACCGUGGUACACACGUUCCAAGCCAGCAAGUUUCGUGCCACCUUCUGCUGGACUAUUAUCAUGGGCGGGGCCUGGGAAACAAUUUCGUUCGCUAUCCGCAUCAUUUCCAUUCGAAAUCCCACUUCCCAAGGACCCUAUACACCAUGGUUUCUCCUUUUCCUGCUAGCGCCCCUGUGGAUCAAUGCAUUUGAUUAUAUGCUACUCGGCCGCAUGGUAUUCCAAUACCUGCCAAACCAGAAGCUGCUGGGAAUCCGAGCAAAGAGAAUGGCUCUAUUAUUUGUGGUCCUGGAUGUUGCUUCCUUCAUAAUCCAAAUCGGAGGCGGUAUUAUGGUAACCAGCAAGAACGAAAAUACCAAGAAAAUGGGCCUACAUAUCUACACCGGCGGCCUCGUGCUCCAGGAGGCUUUCAUCCUCUUCUUCCUAUACCUCGUAGUCACUUUCCAACGCCGCCUCAAAAAGGAAGCAACACUUGAGGAAAGACGCGAUGCCAAAAGGCUACUUCUCUUCCUGUACAUUACUCUAACAUUGAUCUCCUUGCGUGUCAUCUACCGCAUCCUCGAAUUCGCAGACUAUAAUAGCGCCCUCACGAAGGAAUUGUGGUUCAAAGAAGCGUAUCAGUACGGGCUCGAUGCCGCUCCUAUGUUCCUUGCUCUGAUCGCUGGGAAUAUCCUUCAUGUUGGAACGGUUAUCCCUGGUAAUAAGAACAAGUUUAUCCCCAUCCCUGGACGUCCGGUUGAGUUGAAUAAUAAAGUGGGCAAUGGCUACAAUGGUAGCAGCGAGGGAGUUGUUUAUAAUCAUGCAUGA